AUACUCUAAUUAAAUCCAUUGCAAAACUAAAUCUAAGUCACUCCAACAAAAUAUAAAAAAAAACACUUAAAAUAGAGUAAAUUAUUUCUAGUGCUACUUUAUUAAGGACAAACUGCAAGAAAAUAUUGGCAUUCGAUUUUGGCUUUUACUGCAGGAAGCCAUUUUGAUAAAGCCAUCACAAAACCACAACUACCGCACUUCACACACAGAAGCCACAAAUCUUGAAAGGAUUAAUGAAUACUUGACAAGUGAAUUUACUUCAUGUCUAACGUUGAAGUAGACGUUUAACGUGAGUGGAUAACAAUUGUGCUUGCAUCCCGUCGACCACUGGUUCUACCCCAAGAGGCUUUUAUUACGUUGAGCUCCCGGAGCGUCCAUCUAAUUACGUUCACCGUUUAAAACAUAAGAUGUUUAAUUAGUGGAUUCUCUUUGGGUGAUUUGGAACUACGUUUCGAUAAGUUAAUAUGCGGUAUAUCCGAAAAAUUACUCAAACUCUGGUCGUGGAAUUGCAAAAGUGGUAAAUACUGCAUCUGUCACGAACUGCAUCUAGUGAAGACUUCMUCGCGGUUGCUGCAGAUAGUGACUUAGCGCUGACUAAUUUCAAUUGGUUUUGAUAAGAUCCGCUUAAAAGGAUUUACACUCUAUUGAGUGAGAAACCAAAUCGCCUACAAAUAACGCCCAACAUUCAACCUCGUUAACAGCACCUCAAAACAAACACAAAGCCUUGAGUGGCUUUGUUACAAAGACCUAUCAACCUAUGGUAUUGUUCAAAACUGCAUAAACUUGACCUUCUAUCUAUUUGAAGCCAUCUCGACGUGGUGUGCUAGAUUGUCGUGCUAUCUUCAGGAUAACGUAUCUACCUGCAUAGUACACUAAACGUCAUAGUAAAACAACAACUACAUCGUAGGCAGCGUCGAAAGUCUCUCUGCAGUCGAUUGGAAAAUGUCGUACGUUGUAUAUCAAAACGUUAGCAAUGUAUCGAUGUUGGCAAAUAUCUCGAAUGGUUUGGGAAAAGGUCCGAUAGGACCAAAUCCCUUCGACUUGUUGACAACCUCGUUGUUUACAACAAUAUUUGUAACUGGGGUAAUGGGCAGUUCUUUUGUGAUUUCCACAGUUUUGAGGUGGGACGACAUGAAAACAUCAUGCAAUUACCUCAUCAUGACCAUCGCCAUGGCAGACAUGGGAGUUGCAGUGCUUGCAGCACCAAUUCGAAUCAUUGAUACCUACAUUGGUUGGCCGUUUGGUCAGACCGUGUGUCGUCUUCUUGUCCCUUUGCAAGACAUGUUUGUGUGCGUAUCAGUCGUUUCUCAUACAUGCAUUGCAUUGGAAAGAUAUCGAGCAAUAGUGACCCCCUUCAAGCAAAGAAUCUCGCUGAGAAAAGUCAAAUAUCUCAUUGCGAGUCUGUGGUUGGGAUGUUACCUCGCGUCGGCUUUACCUAUUGCUCCCAUCCUGAUAACUGCACAGCGCGGKAACAAAACAGUGUGCAAAGUCCARUGGCCCUCGGUGAUCUACAAACGGGCAUUUAAGAUGUUCUUGGUGAGUGUCUUCAUUGUAAUUCCUCUCAUCCUACAAACCUAUUCGUACUGCUGGAUUGUGCGCUGCAUUCGGAAGAAAACACUGAUCUCCGAAUCUCGAUCAGGACMGCAACAGAAGCGAAACCGAUUGAUCAAGAUGCUGUUGACGAGCGUACUAGUAUUUGAUGUAUGCUAUCUCCCACGCGGCGUCCUAAUGGUUCUCUACGAGUACGGCAAUCGUGCAGCCUUCCCGCCACAAAUGAAAUACAUUAACCUCAUAGCCCUGGUUAUGUACUAUGUCAAACAUGUUAUCAACCCGGCCAUUUUGUUCGCUAUGAGCGCAGAUUUUCGCGCCGGUUUUUACGCUUUCUGUAAACGGGGACAAUUUGAGCUCAGCCAAGACAAGUCGUCUAAGCGCAAUUCCUCUAAAAAACAAAAAGUGGCUAUGCAAAUCCUCAACAACCGAAAAAAGUCGGCGGACGAGCAACAAAAUCAAUCGCAAACAGUAGCUGCGUUGCUCGAAAACUCUCCUAAACUGGCCGAGAAUCACUGGGAUCAGGUGUGAAAUAGUAAAACCACAAGAAAAUCAAAAUCGAGUUUUGGAUAGUCUGURAUUCCUUCGUUAUUCCCAUUCAAACUUAGAGWGCGAAACAAACCACACCACAACACUUUAAUGGAUCAAAUAAAGUAUUCAACGAGUUUUGAAGAAUCAAAUUUCAACUGUUCUCCACCUGAAGAGAUAAACUCGSACCAUUUGUGAUAYUAACUUUUCAUCAUUCAAAAGUGUGUAACGUUUAAGUGCUCAAUGGGGGAAUUCCCGCGCACCAGAGAAUCAGUUAUUCAAAAACAAGAAACGUUCGGUCCAGCAGGUGUUUUUUCUUUGUGAUUCAGCAUAAUUUACAAUUAAAACCGCAUCCUGUUCUUAAACAUAGAGGUCUAUAAAUUGCCUGCUUGGUUUACAACGUUGUGCCUCGAUGUCAACAAAGGCAGAGCGAAGUCUUUUGGAAAUCACACGCACAUCUCGCUCGUUGUUUGCGCGAAAUUUUGAUUUCUAAAACCAAAACGAGCUAAAUACGACGAUUUUAUGGAAUAAUUACAAACAUAAUUGAACAAAACUAUCACCAACGACCUAAUUAUUCCUGUCAAAGCUGAAUUCUUGUGUGAUAAUUGGAAAAUAUUUGAUAUUGCUGACUGCUAGAGGGAGCCUGGUAUUUUUGUUGCUACUCACGAGCCGGAGUAUUCCCUUAUGGGAGAAAGUCGUGAGGAUUCACAGCGAAGAUUCUAAAAAAACGGAGUUACACAGUCAAUAAAAAUUAUUCCCAAUGGUUACCUGGCCUAAUGAGGCCUUUUGUUUUUUUUGUCGAAGUGCAUCAUGGUACUGAUGAAAGUAUCAACAUGGCGGAUAAAAACUACGAAGAACGAAGUUUCUUGACGAAAUUUACGCUAUUGAAGGUCGAGAAGAGCAUUAAAAAACAAAAUGAGAUGCCUAAGGUGUGCUGAAAAACAUAAAGGUAAUGCUGUUUGUUCGAAAAAAAAGCCUGAAAUACCAGAAACACAAACCGCAAAAACAACAGUGAACAUUGUUCAGUUUGUACUUUUGUCAAUAUCGGCGCGUCUCGCCAAUGUCAUUACAGGUAAAGACCACCAGCAAGCAUUACCAUCAAAUAUCUUUCACUUUGAGCUUCCUCCAUAUUUAUACGAUGUUCGAUGAUAGUUUUUCUCAUUUUAGCCCAGCUUUAUGAUAGUUAAUACAGAUAUUCGUUUGCGUCUUUCAAUAAAACUGCACUGAAAAUCAGUCUUUUUUAAUCAAUAAAUUGCCAAUGGUUUACAGAUGCGGUAAAAAGGUCUCCAAUAUACUAGAGUUAAAAAAGAAUUGUAUAAUCGCCAUUCACAAUCACAUUCAUGUUAUCCUAAAAAUUGUAAUCAGAUAAGCAAAUCAAUUAUAAUCUAUUAUCAAGUACAACUACAAAAUUUCACAUUUUCAAUUUUUAAUAGAUAAGCGUAAGCAAAACAAAAGCUAUUUCGCCAUAUGUAUACUAGCUCGCUACACUUGUUAUUAAUAAAGAUAAUAUUAUUAACAAUCGAAAA